AUGACUGUUCUAAGCACCUUGGCCCCGGUGCCGGCGGAUGAGAUCUUCGCCUUGAACCGUGCCUACGCCAACGACGACUACCCGAAGAAGGUCAGUCUCGGUGUGGGUGUCUACCGUACAGACGAUGGCAAGCCAUGGCCGCUGCCCGUCGUCCGCGAGGCAGAGAAGCGCCUACUUGCCGACGACAACCUCUUCAGACAUGAAUAUACCGCUAUCGAAGGUGACAUCCCCUUCCUCGAGCUGGCUCGAGACCUGAUGUUCGGCUUCGACGCGAAAGACACCUCCGACAAGGUCAAGGCGACCAAGGGCCGCAUUGGCUCUGUCCAGGCUGUCGCAGGUACCGGUGCCAACCACCUCGGUGCUGUCUUCCUCUCACACCUUAUGAAGCCCAAGAAUGUCUGGCUCUCCAACCCAUCCUGGGCCAACCAUCUAACCAUCUGGGAGCUCGCUGGCGUCCCCCGGAAGACCUACCCGUACUACAAGGCCGCCACCCGCUCCUUCGACUUCGAAGGCAUGAUGUCUACCCUCGAAGCCGACGCCCAGCAAGGAGAUGUCAUCCUCCUCCAUGCCUGCGCUCAUAACCCCACCGGUCUUGACCCCAACAAGGAGCAAUGGAAGCUAUUGCCGACCUGUGCGAGCGGCUUCGCCUCCGGUUCUGCCGACGAGGACGCCUGGGCUGUCCGGUACUUUCUUAAUGAGAAGCCCCAGAUGGAAAUGUGCGUUGCCCAGAGCUUCUCGAAGAACUUUGGUCUGUAUGGCCAGCGUGUCGGUGCAUUCCACUACGUCCUGAACGACGGUGCCCAGAACCUCCGCGACAUCGUCGUCAACAACCUCUGUCACUUCAUCCGUGGAGAAUACUCCAUGGGUCCCACCGGCGGAUGCAGCAUCGUUAAGAAAGUCCUGACUGAUGAUGAACUCACUGCCCAGUGGCAUGAAGAUCUGCAGGUCAUGAGCUCCCGUAUCAGGACCAUGAGACAAGCCCUGUACAAUGAGCUCAUCAAACUCGAGACUCCCGGAACAUGGAGACACAUCGUUGAACAGAAUGGAAUGUUCUCCUACACCGGUCUGACCCCCUCUCAAGUGUACGCCUUGAAGGACAAAUAUCACAUUUACCUUCUCAAAUCCGGCAGAGCCUCCAUCAGCGGCCUGAGCGAGAAGAACGUCACCUACGUAGCUCAGGCUAUCAACGACGUUGUCCGCAACGUCAACUAA